AACAAAAAAGCAAAAAAAUCGCAACUGUUGAUAAACACAGUGGAGUUAAAAAAUUAAAUAUUUUUAUUGAGUUGAGGGGAAAUAGUAUUUAAGAUUCAAAAAAAUGGAUUGUGAAGAUAUGCAGAUGAUUGAGGAGCCAAAUCUCUCGGAACGUAAAGAGACUGGUAAACGCGGACGCAAACCUGGUCGCAAGGCUUCAACAGAAAAAGUCGAUAUAAGAGCCAAAUUAGAACGUAGUCGCCAAAGUGCGCGGGAAUGUCGUGCCCGCAAAAAAUUGCGAUACCAGUAUUUGGAAGAGUUGGUGGCAGACCGAGAGAAAGCUGUAAUAGCUUUGCGUGAAGAACUGGAGCGAUACAAAAAGUGGAGCUCCGAACUAAGUGAAGGCAACAUACCUGAUGGUUUUCAACAGUUACUUGAAGAGGCGGGUGUGCUAAAACAGGAACAAGUUAUGUAAAACUAAAUACCUCGGUAGUUUGUAAGGGUUUUAACAGCUUUUGUUUUGGUUUUUAUAACAAUGUAAAUUCUAAUUGUGGGCUGCAAACAAAAUUA